AUGGUCAAACAUCAACAACGUUCCUUGAUGCGUCGUGGUCGACACAGAAAAGAGCACGAGAAGAAACGAAAGGGAACAUCCUCUCGGAAGGCCCAACAAUUAGAAAAUAUCGGAAUUAUGGCUGCUAAAGGUGUGGAUGAAUCUGCACGUGUUUAUGAGAUGCAAUUUGAGCAAGGACAUAACAAGCCAGUGAAAGGAAAGGAAGAAAAACACAUUUCAUCAAAAAACAAAGCUGUUCUUGCUUUUAUGAAUCAACAAAAGAAUGAAAAAAAGAAUGAUGCAAAUCUCAGUAGUACUUUUGUACAACAACAGCAGCAGCAACACAAACGCAGAUUGAAUAUUGACACCGAUUCAAAGCAACAACAACCUAAAAAACAUGGCUCAUCGGAAUCACACCAUUCACAACAAAAUUCCAACAAGUUCCAUGAACGGCAGUGA